AUGUCUAUACAUGCUAUACUAUCGCCGGGCGUGUGUCCCUCUCCUGAUGAGCUUCCCCAGCACAACGAAUCUCGCAUUGAGGAUGUUCGCGCAUUCAUCAGCGAUUUGCCUUUCCCGGAAGUGCGAAGUCGAUCUUGGGAUCGCGCGUCACCAUCGAGUUUGUCUUUUCAAGAAAAUGAAGACGUUAUUGGCAUCGAUGGCACAACGGAAAAGUCCACCCUUGACGGUAUUCCUACCGAAUUUACAGAGCAUGAUGGAUACAGGAAUCGCAUGCGAAUGGUUCAAUGCCAACUAUACCUGUUGCGUUGCGAGGUCUUACAGUCUAGAGCUAAUGCUGUCGAACCAAAACCUUGGACUCAUUGUCCAAAUUUAUCCACACCCAACCACUAUCGCGAUAUUCUGAAGUGUGCCAGGUACGCGCAACGUCUGGCUGAAGCAAUAUCCAACCACGACUUACAAGCACGCUCCAAAUACUGGUAUGGACGAGGAUGUGCUGGUUUAGGCGAUUGGGAGUCCGCUAUAAGCCAUUUCGCAGCUGCUCUGAAGCUGCAUGUACCGAACAGCAAACCACGUAACCGUAUGCGUCGGCAGAGAAGUGCGCUGAGAUUCAAGAAGCAUGAUGCUAAUUUCCUUCUGCGAAGUGCAACACGCCACUAUGACUUAUGUACCCAGAAAAGAAAAGAUGCGUGUAAGACUGCUCAUACGCGGGAAGAGGACUCCGGCCACAUCGGAGAGUCUGGCGUCGGAGCGCCUACGGAAUCAUCUUGGAUGCCCUAUUAUGAAAACAUGGUUCAUCGCUCAAGGGAGAAGUCGACAACCGGGAAGCGGUCAGCGCUCGAUCAACUUCUCUUGGGCAAAUCUGCGCCCAUCCUCGAUGAAGAAGUCGUUCUCACUGAAGAAGAGAUCAUUGCUAUCAAGAAGAGACUGAAACUGAAUGACGGCAAACGAGAAGUUCGAAAGACCUUCGACGCGAAAGAGUGGCUGUAUAUCCUGCGCGGUGAUAACAUUGAGCGCAACAGUGUUGACAGUCAAGAUACAGUGUCUGACACCGUUCAAAGCCGUCACAGCGAGCCAUCUCAGGCACCAUCACCAGCUUCUAUCAUCACGCCACCACAAUCCUCACCCAGCAUUCCACAUAAUCUAGGCGCUGAAAUGGAUUGCGCAGGCUACGACAGUGGCAGCGUGACACCGUCGCUCUUCGAAAGUCCAAGGUCGCCCUUGUUGAACGGAACCAAUAAAACAGCUCCCCCGCCAAUGGUGGAUGUCCAAAGCUGUCGCGACGUAGAAUCACCGCUCAUAAGUUCAAGCUCACAAGGGUGCUAG